AUGGAAGAGCUCAGUGUUGCGAGAAUAAAGGUUGCCAAUCUGAUAAUAAAUGUAAAUGUUGUUAUUGUUCAUGUGAAAAUCAAUGUACAGAGCACAUUUGCAAGUGCUGUUCCUGGUGUUGUAAAAAAUACUCUGAGUGCAAAUAUUGCCAAAACAACGGAGAAAAACGUAGAGGGACUCAUACAAGUUAUCCGCGUUGUGAAAAUUGGUUUACCUGUAGGUGUCAUGGGUGUAUAG